AUGUUCCUAGUUUACCCUUACAAAUACGACCUCGGCCGAUUCUCAGUCAUUGGUAGCAUCUCUUUCGACCACCCUGACCCCUCCAUCUACACUGUCCUGACUGGGCCAUCCGAUCACCCUGGCACGGCUGUUGCGGACUUUGUGAUCUUCCCACCUCGAUGGCUUGUCCAGGAAGACACGUUUCGACCACCGUGGUACCAUCGCAAUACCAUGUCUGAGUUUAUGGGCUUGAUUUGCGGUCAAUAUGACGCUAAGACAGGUGGUGGCUUUCAACCUGCUGGGGCAAGCCUACACAACGUUAUGACAGCGCAUGGACCUGAUGCCGAUUCAUUUGAAAAGGCGAGCAACUCAGAAUUGAAGCCCAUGAAAGUCGGGGAAGGAAGCAUGGCUUUCAUGUUUGAGAGUAGCUUGAUGUUGGGGAUCACCGACUGGGGACUGGAAACGUGCAAGAAGGUCCAGGCAGACUAUAACAAGCACAGUUGGGAGGAGUUGAAAGUGCAUUUCAAAAUGCCACUUUAA